CUUUCUCCCCCUCCCCUCUCUAUCGCUUUCCCCCCUCUUUCAGCCCUCCCACACAGAUGCACCCCGCCGCCCAGCUCGACAGGAGCGAUGGGAUGUGUCAACUAGUAGAUGACACAGUCCUGGAACAUGUAAGGGAGCUGAAGGGGCAAUCUGCAGUGUUUCUACCGGAGAGAGCGACGGGGAGAGUGAGGGAAGAGGAGGAGCGAGGAAUGGGCAUGGGGAAGAAUAUCACCUCUAAGUCGAUGGAGGGAGAAGGAGCGAAGUAUGAGGAGGAGAACAAACAGAGAGCAGACUUCUACCCCAUUCCGGUGGUGGUUAACGGAGUGGGACAGGCCGCUGGAGAGCAGGACACUGAAGACACUGAGCUGAUGGCCGUCUACACUGAAGAGAACCAGGGAGGAGAGAAAAGUUCCAUGUCGGAGACUUUGGACAGUGCAGACAGUAUGGACGCCAGGAGAAUGGACAUGAUCUAUACCAUUGAAGACACUCCUCCCUGGUACCUGUGUAUAUUCCUGGGAUUACAGCACUACCUGACAUGUUUCAGUGGUACCAUUGCGGUGCCAUUCCUGCUAGCUGAAGCCAUGUGUGUAGGGUUUGACCAGUGGGCUACCAGUCAGCUCAUAGGAACUAUCUUCUUCUGUGUGGGAAUCACCACCCUGCUACAGACGACACUGGGCUGCAGACUUCCUCUGUUCCAGGCAAGUGCCUUUGCCUUCCUGGCUCCCGCCAGAGCAAUCCUGUCACUAGACAAGUGGAAGUGCAACGCUACAGUGGUUCCUUCCAUGUUCAACGAGACUGAGCUGCUCAACACUGAACACAUCUGGCAUCCCCGGAUACAAGAGAUCCAGGGGGCUAUCAUUGUGUCAUCUCUGAUAGAGGUGUGUAUUGGCUUCCUGGGGCUCCCUGGGCUCUUGUUGAAAUACAUCGGGCCCCUAACUAUCACCCCGACUGUGGCUCUCAUCGGCCUGUCUGGCUUCCAGGCUGCAGGGGAGAGAGCAGGGAAACACUGGGGCAUCGCCAUGCUCACUAUAUUCCUGGUGUUGUUGUUCUCUCAGUAUGCGAGGAACGUACAGCUUCCUCUGCCCAUCUACAAGGCUAAGAAAGGUUGGACCUCUUAUAGAUUACAGCUCUUCAAGAUGUUCCCUAUCAUCAUGGCCAUCCUGGUGUCAUGGCUGAUUUGUUUUAUCUUUACCGUAACCAAUGUUUUCCCACCGGAGAAAGACAAGUACGGUUACUACGCCCGCACCGACGCACGCCAGGGGAUACUGGCAGCCGCACCCUGGUUCAAGAUCCCCUACCCUUUUCAGUGGGGUGUUCCUACGGUGACAGCGGCGGGGGUGAUUGGUAUGUUCAGUGCCGUGGUCGCCAGCAUCAUUGAGUCAAUUGGAGACUACUACGCCUGUGCCCGCCUCUCCUGUGCCCCCCCACCCCUUCACGCCAUCAACAGGGGUAUAUUUAUGGAAGGUCUCUCCUGCGUGUUGGAUGGGCUGAUGGGGACAGGAAACGGCUCUACUUCCUCCAGUCCUAAUAUAGGCGUGCUAGGCAUCACUAAGGUGGGCAGCCGGCGUGUGAUCCAAUACGGUGCUGCUAUGAUGCUACUGCUAGGGCUGGUGGGUAAAUUCAGCGCAUUGUUCGCCUCCCUGCCUGACCCUGUCUUGGGGGCGCUGUUCUGUACCCUGUUUGGGAUGAUUACAGCUGUGGGACUGUCCAACCUGCAGUUUGUAGACCUCAACUCCUCCAGGAACCUUUUUGUUCUGGGCUUCUCCAUUUUCUUUGGCCUGGUGCUGCCCAGCUACCUCAAACAGAACCCUCUGGUCACUGGUAUAGUGUCGAUUGACCAGGUGUUGAACGUCCUCCUGACCACAGCCAUGUUCGUAGGGGGGUCAGUGGCAUUUGUGCUGGACAACACUAUCCCUGGUACGCCGGAGGAGCGAGGGAUCAGGAAGUUGAAGCGUGGGUUGGGACCCAGUACUGCGGAGCUGGAGGGGAUGAGAACCUACGACCUCCCGUUCGGCAUGGACUUCCUGCGCCGCCACACCGUCUUCCAGUACUUCCCCAUCAGCCCCACCUUCAGCGGCUACCAGUGGGGCGCGAUCCGCAAGGCCUGCAGACUUAGGGGGGGACGGGGUGGGGCAGGGAAGGCAGCAGAGAUGGAGGGAAUCACAGAUCCAGGGGAGAGCGGGGUAUAGCAGACUGGUAGAACCGGGCUGGAGGGAAGAGAUGGAGUUUGGUACCAUGGAAGGAAGGGAGGGGUGGAGGUUUUUGGGUAGCGUCAGUGCAGUGUGACAUGCUCAACCCUGUCUUGUAUGUAUGUGUGUCUGUAUAACACUGUCUAUGGCCUAUUCAUGCUGUUGUUAGCAUGUUAUACCAGUGUUGUUACCAGUGUCAUGAGCGUGUAAUAACAGAUGUCCUUAUAGGGAAAGUUUCAGAUGGAGUUGCAACAUGCUCUUGUCUCUGCCUAGUAUGUGAGUGAAAGAGCAUAGGAAUGCCUUAGACAGCCCAUUAUUGAGGUCCCUCUCUUCCCAUUGCACUAUUUCUUCUAGAUCUUCAGUUAACACUUAUUUUCUCAGUUAACCUGUCUACAUCAGUCAAUCUGUCUACAUACAUUCCAAGGGGAAUGGUAAGAAAAGGUUUGUUCUCUGCUGUUUAACCAAAAUACUCUGAUGUAUUACACUCCCAGUGGCCUCUGUGUGUGUGCGUGCAUGUGUGUAUGCCCACCCAUGACAUUGUGAUGGGGUUGAGUGUGUCACUUGCGCUGGCACAUUUCCUGUUUCCGGACAGAGACAGACAGACAGAUGGAUGGACAGUAUCUCGUUUACGGCAAAAGUUUAAAGCUGAAUGAUUGACACCUUACAGACCCAUUGAGAAUCAGACGCAGCUGGUCAGUCAGCCCUGUUUAGCAAACCUACACUUCUCACGGUGGUUAUGGGAAAUGUAGUCUCCUGUUGAAAGGGGAUUGGAUGGAAUUGAGGCUUUAUGAAAAUUCAUAUUAGACUAAUAAUUGGCCUGCACACUAAAUUUACACACACACACACACAGGCAAGCACACUACCAAACACAAGCAAGGCAAGGUCAUGCAGAUACUGUUGAUGAAAGUGGCUUGUCAAGUGGUAGACCUUAGCCAUGCAAAGUGAUUGUGGUGUUCGUUUUACAUUAUUAGAGUUUUUUGUUUACUGGAACCUGCCCCUCUAUUUGGCUUCUAUUACCCGUUUAAGUCAAACACACAAUUAGGGCUGUUAUGGUGACUGCAUUAUCACAACACCGGCAGUCACAAGUCAUGACCGCAGUCAAAUUCCACGUGACCGCUGAGUCAUGGAAACUAGGCUUCUCCAAAACUGCGCUUUGAUGGUCAUUAAUAGCCAACCAAAUUUGCUAAAAGUCACUAAUAGCCUUGUACUCAGCGAUGUAUUGUCCCUCUAAUCACUCUGACAUCAAUGCAAAUGCAAUCAAAAAUUAAAUGAAACAAUUAAUGAGAGCCCUGGAAUUCAGAGUUGGAAUGGAAUAGGAUCACCUUUGUGCAGCUAGAUAGAGCCAGCUCCUCAUAGCUCAACCUGAACUCAAGGGUAGACGUAACAUAGUAAAUGUUAAUACGAGACACUCCAUUUAGUAUGACAUGUUACAUUUCAUAUGGCAUGCAUUAAUUUGCUGUGAUAACCAUACCAAACGUAACAUAUACUAAUUACUGUCCCAGAUAUACGUUUACUACACAACAUGACCAAAAGUAUGUGGAAACCUGCUCGUCAAACAUCUCAUUCCAAAAUCAUUAUUAUGGAGUUUGUCCCCCCUUUGCUGCUAUAACAGCCUCUACUCU